UGGGACUCCGUGCAUUUCUUUCCUUCUUACCAAACAGCUGUCCUGAAUUGAAGACUGGCUCUCUGCAAAUGCGCCUGUCUAUCCCUCUGGCCAAAGUCCUAGUCUUCCACCCAUCAAUUUACAUACAAACCAUCUAGACCAUGAACUAAGAAAACAGAGACCUCCCCCCUUUCCCCUCCCCCACUCGCAUUUCAGCACACUGUUUCCAUUUUGUCCUGUCCGCGCGGAGUGUAUGAGAGAUCCCAUCAGACGAACACCAAGUGAAUUGAAAAAUGGGCAACAGCCCCUCGACGUCUAAACCCGCGAGCCAGUCAUCAUCAUCACAGACACACUCGCAGCAUGACCGGCCGGUGAGGCGCGAAAACAAAAACCCCAUUCCGGUGCAGGGCCUCCGUGUUGCUGCCCCGCCAGAACCCUCGCUCACCCAGGCUCAGGGCGCUGUCCAACCGCCGUCGAGCAGCAACAGCAGCGUGGCCAGCCGGCCAAAGCCGCUGCAGCCCCUAGCCAUCGGCUCUUCGACCGCUUCCUCGUCCACCACCGCCGCAAGCUCCGCGAGCUCCGCGAAACCUGUCGAGGUCAAGCAGGCGAAGGCCGACCCCUGCCAUGCGCCUGCCAAGCCCGUAGCCGUUCCCAGCUCGAACAUCCAGUCCUCAUCCCCGCGAUCCCCGCGCUCCGAAGACGGCUACGAAACCGCAGCGAUGCCGCAUAGCAGCUUGCAGGACGUGUCGUACCUGACGCGCCCCCCACGUCUGCCGCUCCCCAUCGAAGAGGAGGUCCACACCCCGGGAUCGCCCAUCAUCGCGCCCACAGACAUCACCGAGCCGAUCGACGAUGUUGAAGGCCUCAACAAUGCUGCACUCGGCCACCCCACGUCCAGCCUGAGCGACACUUCGGCGCCGGAGGAGGACGACGCCGAGGAGCUGCUGGUCGACAAAACGAGGCCCACAGUUCCGACGAGGCUGGAAUGGCGCCACGGCGGCGACAAGGUCUACGUCACGGGUACCAUCUUCCAGUGGAACCGCAAGACCAGGUUACAUCCAGUGGAGGGCCAACCGGGCGUCUUUGCGGCCACGAUCAACAUCCUCCCCGGAACGCACCAUAUCCGGUUUCUCGUCGAUGGCCAGAUGCAAACGGCACCGGAUUACCCCACCACGGUUGAUUUUGGUAACAACUUGGUCAACUACAUCGAGGUCAGUCCCGACGAUGUGCAGCCCGCCCCGGCGGCCAAGGAUGCGGCAACCAGAGACAAGACUGCGCGGCCGCAACGGGCACAAGAAGAAGAGGCCCCGGCCGGGAAAGACGGCCAGGUACCCGCAUCGCGGCUCAGGAAAGUUCCCCCGGCCGAUCAGUUCCAGCAAAAAAUUCCCAAAUACCUCCUCGACUUGGACCAGCCCGAGGAUUCCCCCCAGUAUCACCAUGCGGUUCUCGCCACCGAGAAGUUGCCGAGCCCGCCUGGUCUUCCGGGGUUCCUGAGCAAACCCAUUUUGAAUGCGGCCACGCAGAGAAAGGACGAUAAUAGCGUCCUGACCCAACCGAACCACACGGUUCUGAACCAUCUUGCCACAAGCAGUAUCAAGAACAACGUACUGGCGGUUUCGGCAACGACGAGAUACAAGAGCAAAUACGUUACGACGAUCAUGUACAAGCCCACAGCGACAGAAUGAACCUGGAGCUUCAGUGGCCUUCAAGAAGUCACGGUCUAGAGUGACGCAGAGAAGUGUUGUGAGCACACGGGUGAUGCCUAUCCCGGGAUUGGUGGUAUAUCUGGUUUUGACGAGCGCAUGAUU